CGAAGCCUCGUCCGCAGUAGUCACGUGAUUUCGGGCUGGCUCGAGAGGAGAGAUGGGCUGGCUCGACGCUGUUUUCCGAACCCUGCUUUGACACGCCUCUACUUCAUUUGCUCGAAUCGGAUUCGAGCAUGAAGGCUCGAGCGUAACAUUUAUUUUCCUCCCUUCACUAAGCCAAAGCCUCGGCGUUGUCGAGCACUGUUUUAUUCGUUCAAUAUUCAAGUCUUCACGGAGCUCGUUGGAGCUAAUUUAGCCUAGCCUAGCAUAUCCCAGUGGCUAACGAGAACAAGGCGUCGAAUGUGGAAAAUGGACGCGAGAACGACAGCGGCAGCAGAAAGGUCCUCGGAGGAACUUUGUGGCGGCAAAGUUCUUUUUCACAGACUAGAAGAUGAAAGCCAAGCACAUCGUCCUGAGCGUCAGGAGACUUUUCGCAUCAAAGAGGAGGAAGAUUCGCCGUACAUAAAGUUGGAGGGAGAAGAGUUUCUCCACAUUAAAGCAGAAGAGGAAGAGUUUGUACACAUGAAAGAGGAGGAGCAUUUCUUCACAGUUGGAAACUCUCACAUUGAGGAGCAGCACCAACAUCAGCCCCUCAAAAAGAAGGAGGAAGACCCUCCAUACGUUACAGAGGAGGCGGACAUCACCAAAUUGACUGCUGUCAGAAAAUCUCAUGAUCAUGAGUGGCAGGAGCCUGAAUCACAUGGCAUUAAAGAAGAAGUGGAGCUCCCCCAAAUCAAACAGGAAGAACCUGAACCACCUCAACAGCAACAAAGAGAAAUGCAGCUUCCAAUCAUUAAGGAGGAGGAAGAGAAGGCAUACAUUUAUAAAGAUCUGAGCGAGGUCAGCAGAGGGCCUCUGAGCAGCAGUCGGCCCUCAACAGGAUUCCUAGCAGACAACCUCAUCGCUCCACUAUCAGGAACUCCAUCCUCCUCAGAAGUCAGUGCUGGCGUGAAGGAAGGUGGUACAACAACCACCAGCACCAGUUUGCAUGGACAUGGUACACAUACAACACGAUUGGCUAUUCCUGGUUCCACCAGCAGGAAAAGGAAGCGCCUGUCCCUUAACACAGACCUUAGUCUGGAGGCACUGCUGAAAAGGAUGGAUGACGCCGACAGUGCCCGACAAGCCCAUGACACUGCAGAGUUAUCAAAUUUAUUGCAGAUGCAGGAGGAGGCCAGUGAGCGUUAUAAGAACUUGUUCAGGCAGCAACAAGCUACAACCCAGCUGCUUCUAAAAAUGAUGGAAAGACUGACAAGAUCUCCAUCAUCUCCGUUGACCCAGCCAGCCUCUCUGUGAAUGCCCACAGGUCAAGUGACACCCACUCCCUCCUUGCCUAAUCAAUAAACCCAGCUCACUUACUCGGCCAACCGCUCCCAGAGUCGAAAGAACUACAGCUAUGCACCGAUCAGAACAGGGAACACCACUGUAACAUAACAGGUGGUACCCUUCAGAUCAUUAGCAGGACACUUUGGCUGUCAUCCACAAUGUAAGCAUAGCAUUCAAUUGUUAUUGAAAAGUGUUGUGCUACUGCAAAUAUAACAUUCAAUUGUUUAGUGUUCUGAUGUUUACAAAAAAAAACCAAAAAAAAAAAACGCACAAUCUAACAUUUUUUUGGUGUUACUGUUUUGAGAGUACUUAUCCGUCAGAAGAGCCAUGGAGUGAUCUCAGAAUCUCGAUACAGACGUCCAUCGACUGUGGUUGUAGCUAGCUUCCCAUUGGCUCUGGACUUUUUUCAAUUUUGAGUAGAGGAUUUCUCAUAUUUUGUUGAUUUCACAAGGAAAUUGAUCAUUCAUUCCAAAGCGUAUUCUUAUUAGCUACGAAGUCUGCUAGGAUUUAGGUAGGAUGCAGUCUAGUUCCUCUAAUCUUUCCAAGGCGGUGCAAAUUUAAAAAUGUAAUUGAAUCCACUGUUUCUUUUAGCAGCUGAUGGGAUGAUACCAUAAACUCCAAAGUUUCAUCUUUGUCCCGCCUGCCUUCUUUGAUGCCUGAAAAAAUUGUCACUCAUGCUUCUUUAUUGUAUCGUUUCAUUCAUUAUCUCGCUUUUUUUUUUUUUUUUUUUUUAAUGCUUCAAGCAUAGUUGUCGUAGACUCGAUGGUUGCUUUCAGCGUAGCAUUUUUGAACUUCAUCUCAUUUACUUCGUGCUGCAUGAAAAUGGGGCUUUCUUUUUAAGUUUUUUUUCUCCACUUGUAGAAUUUCUAAUUGACAGUUUCCUGUCGAUUGAGUCUAUUCCAGCGUUGAUAAAAUCGGGAGUUUGGCACAAGAUCUGCGGUCGAAGUAGCAGAAUCAAUUUAAUCUACCUUCUUCCGCUUCACUGAGAGGUCACUGUGAUGGUUAGAUGCAUCCAUGGUGUUUCCUCGCUGGAUGAAACAAGAUAGAGAACAAUAUUUGACUUGAUUUAAGAAAAAAUAUCUGAUUAAGUCAUUAUAAAUGUGCAGUGUAGACAGGACCUGUUAAAAAAAGGGGAGAAAAAAAAACCUAAAAAGUAGUGAUGGCCAAAUGAAGCCUCAUGAAGCAAUGAAGCUUUGCAGCCAAUUGGUUUGCACAUGUAGCAAAGCUUCAUGGUGCUUCAUUUACCCUAUGGCGCCAUCAAGUGGUCUAGAAGCCCAAGAGGUCAACAUUGUUAAGAAUUCAAUGGCUUAAGACAUAUGAAUGUGCUUGUGUUAGUAAUUUAGUAUGUGAACAAAAUACAACAAGUGCUAAAGGUAAUUUGUUAUUCAUUUUUAUUUAGAAAUAAUAGCUUUCCCACAGUGGCUGGCUUUAAACAGUUUCUUUUUUUUUUGGAAAAUAUUUCACCAGCUUUAGAAAAUAUUCUUUCACAAGGCACAAAUGAAGCUGGGGUGCAGAGAAAUGUGUGAGUGCCAGUUUAUAUAAAUUUGGGUAGGUAUUCUUUUGUGCCUCCCAGUACACUAAUGGAUUGUUCAUUCUGUUGAUGUUUGGUUCAGAUAGGUACACACACACACUCACAUUUAUAUUAAAGUACUUUUUCUCCCUUACCUUAUUGAAAGCAAUCAAAUCAAAAUGUUCCCAUACAGGGGAGGAUCGCUCUUUUCGCGCAGGUUCCAUCACAAGCAAAGGACAAGGCUCGAAAAAAGAUUGCACCGGUUGCACUGCUGCGCACAGAUGUAACAAGUACAGGAGCCCGAAAUCCACAAAAUGUGAGAUAACAGGCGAUCGCCAUUGCGUUUUGCAACCAAUUUAUACCGUAGUCUGUCCUGUUUUUGCAAUAUGCGCCAAACGUCGGAUCACUUCCGAAGCACUCACGAGAUUCAGCCGGCCGCCGCCGGCGAGGCUUCCCACGUCAUCAUUUCCGGGUUUCGCCGAAAUGAAGCGCGCCUCGCUACAAGCUUCGUGGAAACCCCCCUCCCAUUACUCGACACAAGCUUCGGAACCUCGGCUCAUUUCGUCCCAUCACUACUAAAAAGCUCACUUAAGCCUAAUUUAUGCUUCUGCUUUGCGGUGACGACGUAGACCUGGGGUGGGCAAACUGGUCCUCAAGGGCCGCAGUGGGUCCUUGUCUUUGUUCCAACAGACCCAGCACAGAUAGUUUAACCAAUAAGGUUUCUGCAGAAAUAAGCACCUGACUGCAAUCGACUGAGUGCACUUGUAAUACAGCAGAUUGGUGAAAAGUUGUCCUCUUAAUGGGUUGCAGCAAAAACCCGCACCCACUGCGGCCCUUUGUGGAAUAGUUUGCCCACCCCUGGCGUACAUCCUUCGUCAUCAAUGAACAUUCGAAGUUCUGCGUCAGGGGAAAGCGUUGCGCUGUAAUUCACCGCCAAGCCAUCAGAGGGGUGUGGCAUUGUGUUUGUACGGUUUUGGGGGACCCGUCGAAUUCCUUUAGUUUAUUUCCGGUUAGAAAACAAUAGCAACGGAGAUGGAACGCUUAAAUGUGGAUCUUCAGCUCAUCAACUUUGAACAACAAAUGUUGAUCAUACAAAUGUUAGGCCUGUAGGUGAUGCAGAAGACUGUUGCGGAGGUGGUCUGUCCGACUGCUGAUGCAGCACAGAGACUGGCAGUCACAUUACGAAUUCUAGACUCAGGUGGAAGCCGGCAAGCUCUUGCGGCUAUCUUCAAACUGGAGUUGAGCACUGUGUCCAGCGUUUUGUCCGAGGUCUACAAAGCAUUGUGGACAGCCUUCCUGCCUGAUUUUUUGCCAUGUCCAACAACCAUCCACGGGGAAGCCAUAGCAGAUAUCUGGCGGCUAUGGAACUUCCCAAACUGCGUUGGAAGCCUUGAUGGUAAAGACGUUAUCAUAAAAGCACCGAGGCACUCUCAAUCAGUGAUGAUGUUAUCAAGUGUGUGAACUGUCUGUUUUUGAAAAUUAAACAUCAAAACAACUCUUUUGACAUUUUGACACCAAACCUGUGCUUUAUUCUUCAUUUACUUGAAGUGUGAAAUGUAACUAAGUCAAGGACUCACAACAAACAUAUGUACACAAUAAAUGAUAAAGUGCACCAACCAAAAUUACGACAAAGUGAUUAAAAGCUGGCAGUUUUUGGCCGACUGUGUCCCAUUUUCUUUUCCUUCUUGCGGGCCCAAACCUGGAACAUUUUAUUAGAAAAAAAAAAAAAAAAAAAUUGAACAAGCUUGCAGUCGAUUAAAUAGCGUACCGCAAGCAACACGCCACUUUUGCUCAUUAAAAUUCAUGACGUUUGCUAGGGUGACCAUAAUUUGAUUUCCGAAAAAGAGGACACUUGGCCCGGCCUCGAGAUACUUGAAUUUUACUGGAAGUUCACUCAAAGAUGCCUAUAUCACUUCAAUAUAAUUAAAGUGUGUCUACUCCGUCUGGAUAGAAAAUUUCAGUUUUAAUUAAAAAAAAAAACAACAACAUAGGCCUAUUGCCGUAUAGUAUAUAUUACAUACUUACUAUAUGGAAAUAUUUUUUUACUCAACUGGUUACUCAACAGGCUUUAUUCUUGCUAAAAAAAUAAUCAAACAAUUUAAAAAAAAAAAAAAAAAAAAACGAAUAAUGAGUAAAAAUAAUAAUAAUAAUAAUAUAUAUAAAUAUAUUAUGCAGACCCAUGGAAAUGUAGUCCAGUCAAUACACACACACAGUAGGCUAUGUGCCAACUCAACAUUUUUAUAAAUUACUAUCACGACAAUUGUCGUUGACAAAUUGUUAUUCCCACUCAAUUUUUAUUCUCAUUCAAUGUUCUACAUUGUACGGAAACAAUAACCGAAAUAAACUGACAAGCUAUUCAACCAGUAUGUUUCCAAAUGCAGCAGUUCAAAACUACAUUGCUCAUAAUGCCUAGAACAGCUGAGCUCACUGAUAGCUACCCUAUUAGCGAGUACCGGGAGCCGAGGCUAAAUCAAACUUUGCUAUAAAAGUUUACAAUCAUUGGCCGCGCAACGAUGGGACACCAAACGGGAUUUUACAGAUUACGCCAGUACAAAUCUCCAACAGAAGUCAACAGUUGCCAUUACAUACGUAUUUUGUAAUGAAAACUCAUAAGAAACACAGCUACUUAGAAUAUAAUACUAACAUUCAACCAAAGGAACGAACGCAGAACAAUUACAAGACUCAUACAAUAUACUGCAUCUCUGUGUACACAGAAGACACGUGAUCGAUGUUAAUAGGAAAUAAACCCACAGAAAGGUGUAUGGAGCCACGUCUUAGAACUCCAUAUUGAACUCCUUACUGUAGUCUGAUCUCUCGCCAAACCGUCAGUAGAUGGUGAUAAUUCCCCAUGAAACAAAGGGUAAACUGCGAACAAAAAACAAGAAGAAGAUCUACUCCUUCUCCCGCCCCUACAAGUAAGAGCCACGUCAACCCAGGCAGGCACUGCCCCCUAGCGGUCGGAGGGAUUCUCUUCAAAUUGGUCCCGUGAAAAAUCAUAAAAACCGGACACUUUCAUAAAAUUUAUGAAACCCCGCCGGAUGCUUCGGAGAGCACGGGAUAAGAGGACUUGUCCGGGCAAAAGUGGAAGUUUGGUCACCCUACGUUAGCAACUGUUGCUAGGGGAGGUCAAGCUCGCGUUUGUCCCUCAUGCUAGAUGCAUGUAUAUAGUGUACGAACGAGAUGUUUACUGAGCUAAACCCACCAAUUCUGUCUGAAAAUUAUGUCGCUGGUACCAAAUUCACUGGUAAAGAUGUUGAAGAACAUACAAAUCUUCAGUUAAAGAGAUGGAUUGAGUGUCGAGCAGUGACGUGCGGUCAGGGGAGGCAGGUGAGGCAGAGCCUCACCUGUCAUCAUGACAAAAAAAUAAUUAUAGCAUAAAAUUUAUAUGAAUAUUUGUCCAUUACUCAUUUCAAACAUUUUUUAUAGUCAAAAUCGCUGAAUUUGCCUAUUUCCUGUUCAAAUAAAGAAAUGAAAUGAGAGGUGCGGCAGCAACGAGUAAAGCCUCGCCUCUGAUUGCGCAAUCCAUAACAAACUGGGUUGAUACAU